AGCGAAAAAGAGCAAAAAGUGGAGAGAGACUUGUAUUGAAGGCCACAUAUGUUCCCCCAUUAACGCACUGUCUCCAAAUCCAUAGAGUUCUACUACUGAUUUAAUAUUACUCGAAAUUAAAUCGGAAAAUAAUUAAAUUUCAUGAAAGAAGAGAAGAUACUAUAAGAAUUUUCAGAUCAGGAUUGUUUGAUUCAGUCAUAAAGCAUAAUGUCUUGCUCAUCAUCGUCGUCGGCGUCGGAGGAUGAAGUUGAGGGAUUCGAUUCUUACCGGAAAGGAGGAUACCAUGCGGUGAGAAUCGGCGAUUCAUUCUCUGGUGGCCGAUAUAUCGCUCAGCGAAAACUCGGCUGGGGAGAGUUCUCCACUGUUUGGCUCGCUUAUGAUACUCGAUCAUCCGAAUAUGUUGCUUUGAAGAUCCAGAAAAGUGCACCACAAUUUGCUCAAGCAGCUCUUCAUGAAAUUGAAGUCCUUUCUGCGAUUGCCAAUGGUGAUUCAUCUAAUAGUAAAUAUGUUGUACGACUUAUUGACCAUUUUAAGCAUACGGGCCCUAAUGGACAGCACCUAUGCAUGGUUCUUGAAUUCCUUGGUGAUAGCUUAUUGAGGCUGGUCAAAUAUAAUCGCUAUAAGGGCCUCGAGAUGAACAAAGUUAGGGAAAUAUGCAAAUGUGUUUUGACUGGUUUAGAUUAUUUGCAUAGGGGACUUGGAAUUAUUCAUACAGACUUGAAACUUGAAAAUAUUCUUUUACUUUCUACAAUUAAUGCCACAAAAGAUCCCAUUAGAUCCGGAAUGACUCCCAUACUUGAAAGGCCUGAGGGGAACCCUAAUGGAGGAGUAACAAUGAAUAUCAUCGAGAAAAAACUAAAGCAAAGGGCAAGGAGAGCAGCAGCUAGGAUAUCUGGAAGACGGGCUUCAAUGGGUGGGGUAGGAGGGACUCCAAAAUCAAAUAGAUCUCUUGAUGGGAUUGACUUGAGGUGCAAGGUUGUGGAUUUUGGAAAUGCAUGCUGGGCUGAUAAGCAAUUUGCACAAGAAAUUCAAACAAGGCAGUACAGAUCCCCUGAAGUUAUACUUCAAUCUGGAUAUUCAUUCUCUGCUGACAUGUGGUCUUUUGCUUGUAUUGCAUUUGAGCUUGCUACCGGUGAGAUGAUGUUCACUCCCAAAGGUGGACAAGGUUUCAAUGAAGAUGAGGAUCAUCUAGCUAUGAUGAUGGAGCUUCUAGGGAAGAUCCCUCGGAAGAUAGCCAUUGGUGGGGCUAGAUCCAAAGAUUACUUUGACAGGCACGGAGAUUUGAAGAGGAUCCGUAGGCUGAAAUAUGGUUCUCUCGAUAAAUUGCUAGUUGACAAGUUUAGGUUUUCUGAAAUUGAUGCCCAUGAGUUCACAGGAUUUCUUGGUCCUCUUCUUGAUUUUGAGCCAGAGAAACGACCAACUGCUGAGCAGUGCUUGCAACACCCAUGGCUCAACGUCAAAAAUCUUAAGAAAACAGAGAUGAAGAGUGAAUCGGGUGUGGAAAAGGUUAAUGUCGGAAUGAGCAAGCUACAAAUUAAGGUGGGUAGGUGAUGUAGGGAUCGAUGGUCUUCUCACUGCUGUGCAAGCCUUAUGUCCUACUCUCCAGCCUGUACCAGUGUCGCUUGUGAUUUAAUUUUUGGAUUGUUUUAAUUUUGAAUAAGAUUUGAUUCAUUCAUUAGCUGUGUAUUAGUAGUUUUGAAUGAUCAUGACGGGGAAAUGACAUCUGAAGUAGAAAUUGACCUCUCUCCUAAAUAUUCCGAGCUGAAGCUUCACGUGGUUGUUUUAGUGAAAUUGACAGUCACUGAAGAAAUGAUUCCUUCAUUCCCAUGAAAAAGCAGUUGUCCGUGUUCUUUUGAGGGCCCUUGGGAACAAAGCAAGCUACAUAAUGACUAUAUGGCAUCAUUACAACACAGCAUUAUCCGCCCAGGACUUAAGCUGCCUGAGAAAGUUUGCUUUAUUGAGGCACUCUGAAGAAGUAUGAGGAGCCACUUAAUGAUGUGAGUAAAAGGAGUUGCUUUUGUAUAUUAAACAGUGGAAGGAGCAGCUGAGACCCUUGAUUUUUUAUUAGCCUCGAGAGUUUCUAAUGGACUUUUGAUCUAAAAUCCAGCAGAGGAUUUCUAACUCAUGUUGAGGUCCUAUGACAAAAGACAUAAAAAUUUUGCAUACAGGAUUUUGAAAUUAUGUAAGUCGUCUCCACUUUUUUUUAAAUGUAAUUAUUGUAUUGGUUCUUGCUAAGGAAUCUAACUUGUCGUUUGUAUUCAA